AUGCCAAGCAUCAAGCGUCGCGGCAAAAGUUCUGGCGUAUCCAGUCCAAGUGCAACAAGUGCAAGUCAACGACUGUCGCAAGCGUCAUUGCAAAAAGCAUUCUUCUCAAUGUUGGCGUGUGUGUCCGUUUUCUAUUUUCUCUUGAUCUUCUUCUUUUUCUUUCAGCGGCACGAUUUGAGAGUUUAUCGGGAUCGGGGAGAUUUUAAUCAUUCGAUCCGAAGCCAUACGGCUGAAGCUUGGAAACACCACUUGGAGAAGCUUUCCAGAGAACAAGACGAGAGACAACAACGACUACGUGAACAGACCGUUCCUGUCCAAAGUCACCACACAGAUCAUAAAGACUUGGAAGAGCCCGAUAUAGAAGAAAUGAUUCGACCAGAAGAGAUACGAGGACGGAAAGACGGGGUGUCCAAAAACACAAGCGACAAAAAAUCUGAACAUGCUUUAACGGUAUUUGCAUCGAGCAAUCUCGACAGUCUUCUUGAUGCUGGAUCCUUAAAGGAGAUGAACUUUCCAACAGUUUCAUCAUGUAGCAGUCUCUAUGAGUCCUUGGAAACGCAAAGCUUGGAUGAUCCAUUUCUACCGAAACUACAUAGGGUGGUUCCGUCGUCUGAUGCCUCCUACAUUUAUAUUGCAGCACAGCAUUCAAUACCUUGUGGCAACGAGACAGACUCAACGAUAAUAAAAAAGAUGCAUCUACAAGCAGCACUGUUUCAACCCAUUUCGGUGAAGCGAAUAGAAAGGGAUGGAGAAACCAAGUAUCAAGUGAUUUCAGACAAAAACGACACUUCGGAUGCUGUUCAAACUCGAUUCCUAUGUCGGUUCGAGCCAAGUGGAGACGAGACACUUUCUAAUUUUAGUCAACAAGAUGACACAAAGGAGACGUCUGCGUCAGACGCCAAUUUAUUCUUUCAUUGUCCGGUGCCAAGCGAUUUGAUCCAAAACAUCAAACAACAGAUGGAAGAUCAUUCAGAGCAGCUCGACAUUACAUUAACACUGGUUCCCUUCCGAACCCCACCAAGCGCGCAAAGUCCAGAAGAUGCAAUGCCACCUUGCUAUCUAAAGCCAGAAAACAUGUCCAGCCAUUUGCGGAGACAAUCAAAGGGCGAAGCCGAGUAUCUGCCAAAGAUUGCCAAUGCUGCUCGCUGGGAAAAUAUUCCAAUCUGUUUGUCGUCUGCUGCAAAGCCUUCGUAA